AAGAACCUUGAUAUUGAAUACUAAUUUAUUGAUUUUCAUAUAAUUUCAGAGUAUGAGUAACAUUAAGUAACUAGCAGCAGACCUAAACUCUCCAUGCACAAUUUGGAUAUUCUUGCACACUGAUGGCUGACAACUGUGUGGAGGAAGGUCAUAUUACAGAAAGUGUUCCUGCAGAGAACUCAGACAACAGGAUGGGACAAAAUAAAUACUCCGUGCCAAAGCUUAAUCCUAAACUUCACCGUUUUCCUGCCUGCAUUGUCUGGACUCCUCUUCCAAUGUUGACGUGGAUUUUUCCAUUCAUUGGCCAUAUGGGGAUUGCUGACACUGAUGGCAUUAUUCAUGAUUUUGCUGGUCCCUACCAUGUGAGUGAAGACAACAUGGCAUUUGGUUGGCCUACUAAGUACUGGCAGCUUGAUCCCUACAAAGCACAAGGCGGUCCGGAGGCAUACAACAAGAUGCUCUUCACAGCAUCCCAGGAGUACAGGAAUAGAAUGCAUAACCUGUGCUGUGACAACUGCCACUCCCAUGUAGCUAUGGCUCUCAACCUGAUGCUGUAUGAAAAUUCAUCGCACUGGAAUAUGGUCAAACUUUGCUUCUUAAUGCUUGUCCACAGCAGAUACGUCAGUUUUUGGGCGUUCCUGAAGACGUGGCUUCCGUUUAUGGUAAUUGUUUCAUGCAUUGUCACCUUCACGUUGGUUCUGUGAAACACCAGAAACGCCAAGCGUGCUAAGGCCCCCUCUCACCUGAAGCAGCUAUACCUAGUGAACUAGGGCUGCGUGACAAGAACAUCAUGCACCGACAAACAUUUUGAUGUGUGCAUUUCCAGACAAAUUUUGGCAAUGUAUUGUGGAAGAAAGGCUCGUUAGUAUUUGGUGCGGAUGCGCCAUCUUUAUUAUUAUUAUUGAUGUGCUUGUCUCUAUUUGUGUUUGUUGCAGGUAUGCUAUUGUCGAUUAGUAUAAAUCUAGUGUGUUGCCGCUUAACUGCGGUUGUUAUAUUUACAUGGUAACAAAUGUUCCUAUGAUCAAAGACAGAAUAUUUAGGCACUAGAAGUUUUCUUGAGUAUUUCAUUUUUUCUCAUUAGCACGCAGCCCAAUGAGGCUUAUAUUUGCUUCUGAAGACUAAACAUUCUACCACAACAGGAAACUCGUUAUCACCACCAAUAACGCGUCAUCAUUCAUCAAGAACGUUAUUCAUUUACCUACCCAUUCCACGUCGCUUUAGUGUAAGUAUAUAACUUCUCGUGUAUAUUUUACGUGCAAUAUAUAUUAAUAAAUGUUAUGCUACCUGA